AUGAAUGAAGAUACUCAAACUAAGACGAAUGAAACUGUCUAUCCCGAGAAGACUGAGGUGGCUCCUCCUCCUGAAGAGAAGAAUGAAGUAAACCAAGCUGAACAGAAUAAUGAUUCAGUUGCUAGUCAAUUUAUGCAGCUCACUGCUGCUGUUGAUGUUGUAAUUGCUUCAUCUUCUGUACCAUUAGCCUGCUAUCCUAAUGAGGACUUUAAGAAUAAACUUGAGUUCUUUGAAAACUUGUGUUCACAACAAGAACGAUUAGAAGAAACAAGUGACAGUGACAGUGACAGUGACAGUGACAGUUACUUAUCUCCAAUUAGUAGCAUCACUAGUUUUUGGGGCUUUUACGAUGGAAUGUAA